AUGUGUACGUUAAUCAGAGAGGUAGACUACACAGAGGCGAUCCUGAGCCACCUGCACCCAAGGUUUCCUCCAACGCCGAGCAUGUUAAAUCAGCGGUUAAAAUUGGAGUGUGAAACCGUUAUUGGAGCAUUGGCAUUUAGGGUGGUGGUGCCACGCAGCAGCUUCGGCUGUUGCACGAAUGGGCAGGCUCGUCCGGGUAAGUACCACGACCUAACAGAAGACCGGCGUGAAGUGACACUCCAACUUGGGCCGUUCUUCUGUGAGGUUGUGGUAUUUACCCAGACUGGCCUGCCCAUUCGUGCAACUAAGGCUAUUGCGUGGCCCUGCCACAGUCAGAAGAUCAAGCGGCUCGCACCCCGUGGGGGUAGAUUGAGUUACGACACGUCUACUACCGGCUUCCCCAGAUACGGCGGGGGAUACAAACGCCGAUUCAUCAUUAUAUCAAAACAGCGGACGGGAGCGACGCCCGGGACGUGCGCUAUCACCGCGCCAUCGGUGGUGGGCAGGACUAAUUGCUCUGUUGCGAGCGUUGGGCCUUUAAAAAUUCAAAAGGUCCCCCGCUUAGCGAAACCCGAAGAGGUGGUAGGACCCCGAGGGCUUUUGUCUGCUCCAUUGAUUCGCGCGAUCUCCCCCGCUUCGGAAUUG